AUGGCCAACCUCAGCAAGAAGAAGGCCGCCAAGCCCGCCGUCAAGCCCAGCCCCAAGGGCAAGGGCAAGCAGAAGGACGUCGCCAAGAAGCCCGCCAAGGUCCCGUCCCCCGAGCCCGAGUCCGACGAGGAGGAGGUUGAUGACGAUGAGGUCGACGAGGAGGAUGAGGAGGUCGAGAUCGGCGAGGACGGCGAGGAGAGCAGCGAGUACGACUCGGACGAGGACUCGGAGAACGGCGGCGUCAGCGAGCGCGGAAUGGCUCGGCUGAUGGAGCUUGUUGGACCGGAAGACCUUGAGGAGUACGAGCUCGCUCAGCUCGCUGGCGAGGAGGGUGAGGAGGAGGACGAUGACGAGGAGGAUGAGGACGAGGAGGAUGAGGAUGAGGAGGAGGAGGAUGACGAGGAGGAGGUCGCCGACGAGUCGAUUGUUAUGGAUGUUGCCGACCCCGACACUCUUGCCGUCGACGAGCUCGGCUCCGACGUCUCUGUUGACGAGGAUGCCGUGCCGAUGCGCAAGGUUACGAUGAACAACCCCGCCGCCAUGCGCAUUCUCACCGACAACAUCAAGAUGUCGAACAUGCCCUUUGUCGAGCACCUCAUCAUUCAGUCGAAGGAGAUCCUGGACGUUGACCCCUCGGACGACCUGAAGCGUGAGACUGCGUUCUACAAGCUCGCCCUCGACGCUGUGCCGCAGGCGCGCAAGCUGUGCGCCAAGUUUGACAUUCCGUUUUCGCGCCCGAACGACUACUACGCCGAGAUGGUGAAGAGCGACGAGCACAUGGAGCGUGUGCGCAGCAAGCUAGUGGAGGAGGCGCAGGGCAUCAAGAAGUCGGAGGACGCGAAGCGCCAGCGCGACCUGAAGAAGUACGGCAAGCAGAUCCAGAUCGAGAAGCUCAAGGCGCGCGAGCAGGACAAGAAGGCGUUCGCGGACCGCGUGCAGGGCCUGAAGCGCAAGCGCAAGGAGGGCAUGGAGCUUGGCGACGAGGACGACUUUGACAUUGAGCUCGACGACGACUCGUCCGCCCGCCCCGGCAAGAAGGGCAAGGGACAGGGCAAGGACGGCAAGCCCAAGAUGCCCCGCCACGCCCGUGACGCCAAGUACUCGCUCGGAGGCGGCGGCCGCCGCUCAAAGCAGAACGACAAGGACAGCACCAACGACUUUGGAAGCGAGCACAGGAAGACCAAGGCCGGAAAGGCCAAGCGUCCCGGCAAGUCGCGCCGCCACUCGCGCCGCAAGUAG